AUGAAAAUUGAACCGGAAUCAUCGACAAUGAGUUCGCCGCUGAAAGCGCUGGUGGAAUUUCUGCGGCUCAUUUACGCCAAGUGCUACCGCAAAGUGGUCCGCGAAUGCAACCAACAAAUGAGCUUCGCUAUACGCCGGCUGCUCCGGGCAGCCAUGUGCGUGUUUAGCUGGUUCGUCAUGCCCUACUCGCAGUGCGUCAGCAGCCGGAUAGAGCGUCGCAAGCUACCGCCGAUAGAGAAUCCGCUGCUGCUCCUGUCCGCUACCGUGCUCGCCGAACGCAUCCGCAAGGGGGAAGUACGCAGCGAGGAUGUGAUCCGUGCGUACGUCCAACGCUGCCAACAGGUUAACCCAUUGCUGAACGCCAUCGUCGAAGAUCGCUUCGAGGCUGCGCUGGAGGAGGCGCGCGAAAUUGAUAGCCAGCUAGCGAAGGGUGCAUUGGGCACGGUGGAAGAAUUGGCCCGCACAAAACCUCUGCUAGGAUUGCCCGUGUCCGUGAAGGAAAGCUUAGCGGUGGAAGGUAUGAGCAAUACGGCCGGUCGGAAGCUGUGCGAAAAGAAGGUUGCGCUAAGCGAUGCACCUGUGGUGCGACAGAUUAAGCGUGCCGGAGCGAUUGUGCUCCUGGUAAGCAACACGCCCGAACUGUGUCUUUGCUGGGAAACGUACAACCAGUGUACGGGCCUGACACGCAACCCGUACAAUCUGCAGCGCACGGCUGGUGGAUCGUCGGGCGGCGAAGCUGCACUGAUCUCUUCCGCCGGUUCACUGAUGGGUGUGACGACCGAUAUUGCCGGUUCGUCCCGAUUGCCCGCCAUGUUUACCGGUGUUUUUGGCCACAAACCCUCCCCGUACGUAGUGUCACCGUACGGACAUCAUCCGUCCUGUGACGAUGAAAAUUGGGGCAGUUUCUUCACCCCCGGCGCGAUGACUCGGUACGCGGAAGAUUUGCCGCUGCUGCUGGAAGCGAUGCGUGAUCCGGACGGUGCGGCCGUUACUCUGGACAAACCGGUCCCGGUCGGUUCGCUCAAGUGUUACUACAUGGAAAACGAUGGACCGUCCGGUUUGACGCGACCGAUCGAUCCCGACAUUGUGCGCGCGAUCCGAGACGUGGCCGCACACCUGAACGCACAACGCGUCAACCUGAAGCGAUUGCGCUGGACGCUGGACAUUUCCGUAUGCAAGAUGUUGCGCAUGAAGAACGUGGAAACGAUUUACAGCCCGCAGGCAAACGGCAAGCCGGACACUACGAUCAAACGGGAGCUGUUCAAGUAUCUGCUCGGCAUGUCCAAGUCCGAUCUGCCGUCGGUUAUGAUUGGACCGAUGCAGCACAUCGUGAACAAUUACAUUCCCCAAUCCCGGCUAGACUUUCUCGACAGCCAGACGGAGAAGCUGCGCAAAGACUUUAUCGAUCUGCUCGGCACGGACGGUGUGUUUAUCUAUCCCGGAUUUCCCAACACGGCCCAUCGACACUAUCGCAUCUUUCACAAGCUUGUCGACACGACGUACAUGAUGGUGUUUAAUACCGUCGGACUACCGGCCGCCUCCUGCAUGGUCGGGUUUGAUCGCGAGAAGCUACCGAUCGGUGUACAGAUUGUCGCCGCACCCGGACAGGAUCAUCUUAUCUUUGCCGUGGCCAAAGAGCUAGAACGACGGUUCGGUGGCUGGGUGCCUCCAUCCUAAAAAGGUACCGGAAGAGA